GGCUGGACCGGCCCGACAGGCUGAGGUGGUCCUGAGGAUCGCUUCGGGGAGACGCAGGGUCCGAGCGCCCGAGGCUGUGAAUGUGAGGACCCGCCGAGGCUGCGGGAAUUGGUGAGCAAGGCUUCCGCUGUUUUGUCAGCCUUUCUGUCUUUGUAAAGCACUGUUGAUGGGACAAAGAAGUGGACGUCAGGAAACAAGCAAGAAACUAGAGAUGGCACUAACAGAGACUAUGAAGGCAGAAGCAAAAGUACAAAAUAAUGAAGAGGAUGCUGAAGAGCUGAAGGCCAAAGUCCAGAGGCUGACAUCAGUCUUUGGUGUGGCAGACUUAAAAAACGGACUCACUUCCUCUUUUUCUGUGCCUGCAGGAGCCAUUGGACUGUACAACGUUGGACACAGCUGCUGUCUGAACUCCCUGCUCCAAGUGUUCUUCAUGAAUAUACGUUUCACAAGGAUACUUCGAAGGAUCACGGUGCCACUAUAUGCUGAGCAGCAGCAGAAGAAUGUCCCAUACCAAAUGCUCCUGCUGUUGGAAGAGAUGCAAUGUGGCAAGCAGAAAGCUGUUUAUCCCAUAGCCCUGGCUUACUGUCUUUCAGCAUACAAAGUGAAAUUGUUUGUGCAGCAUGAUGCCGCUCAGCUCUUUCUGACCCUCUGGAACUUGAUAAAGAAGCAGAUGAAAAAGCCAGAGCUGGUUGAAGAGCUGAGUGAUUUGUACACUAUCUGUAUACAGGAGCACCUGGCCUGUCAGAAGUGCUCUUUUGAGGAAAAGAAGAACAGCAGCAUGUUAACCCUUCCACUCCCACUGCUGGAUUCCAAUUGCCGCAUGCUGAAGACUCUAAAGGACUGCCUGCAAUGCUUUUUCCAACCAGAAGAGCUGACUGAUCACAACAUGUGUUUCUGUGAGCAGUGUGGAAGAAAGACACCUUUUCUGCAGAGCAUGAAGCUAGUCCAUCUGCCACAGACCCUGACCAUACACCUGAAGCGUUUCUGCUUCGAAAAAGCAGCCCGCAUUCACAAGCUUAGUCACUACCUGCCAUUCCCGCAAGACCUUGAUUUCAAUGCAGUCUUGACAGAAAGUCAGUGCCAAGCAGAUGACAAUGAAAAGGCUGGCUGGCAGUAUGACCUUUUUGCUGUCAUUGCCCAUUCAGGAUCAAUUAGCUGUGGACACUAUUGUGCCUAUAUUCGAAGUCUCACAGAAUGUAAAUGGUAUUGCUUCAACGACUCUGAGGUUUGCCAGGUAUCGUGGGAUGAUGUGAAAUGCACCUAUGGACAUUCCAACCUCCACUGGGGAGAAACAGCCUAUCUCUUGGUUUACAUGAAAAAACAUCCACAGUGGCCUUAUCCAGGAGUAUGAGAAUGUCUCGUGAAGCUGUGCAUUGUCCAUGGAGAUCAGCACCUCUGUGCCAGUGCGGACGUGCACAAGUGUUCCACAAGAAAGACAUGGCGCAGUCAGUCAGUGACCCCUGCCUUCGCAUUUAUUUAUGGAAAAGUUAAUAGAGAGACUUAGCUAGAGAGAGGAUCUCAGAACUGUUGCAACUAGAAAGUUUUUCUUUCAUAUGUUUUUUGAUACUUACAUGAUUCUAUUUAUUAAUUUCCUCUUAAAAGAUAGUAAAGUUAGUCCUUGUCUCUUCUGA